CUCCUGAAGACCUAUUGCAGUGCAGAAGGCGAAGCUGAACGCAGGCAAAGUUCACCGAUUGGGGAUUACUAGUGGUUGCGGUAAAAAGUGGUCAGUGAUAGUUGGGAAAAUUGCAACGCUUCUGCUACAAGAUGUUGCAAAUUUUCGAGAAGUUAGGUUUCCUGUAUCAGCCCUACGUCCUUGGCAUAGUAUCCAUCGGCUAUGUCCUGGGUGAACUGGGCCACUACAUGAUAGGAGUGACCUCAAAAGCCAUCGCCAUGGAUCUCCAUUUCGGGGACAUAGCUUGCCAACUAAACAGCACAGAAUAUUCCUUAAGCGAUCUCCCUAUCACAUGUGAUAAAGCAAACAGUUCGGAAGUAUGUGAAUCAUACAACAUCAAUGGAACACCCUACUGCGAAUGGAACUACAACGGUCUAGGACUGGACUAUCAGAUCCUUGCCGGCCCCAGUUUUAUGGCAGUCUUCACAGUAGUAGGUGUAAUCCUGGGAAUCGCAGCUGACAAAUACAACCGCGUUCGAAUUUUGGCAGUUUGCACUGUCGUCUUCUCAAUCGCUAUAAUUUUAUGCGGAAGCGUAACCGAAUUUUGGCAGUUGGUACUGUUACGAAUGAUAAUGGCAGCAGGAGAGUCGGGGUGCAACCCUCUAGCCACCGGGUUAUUGUCCGACAUAUUUCCUGAAGAGAAGAGGGCUUUGGUCAUGUCAGUCUUCAACUGGGGGAUUUAUGGGGGUUACGGAAUCGCGUUUCCUGUAGGUCGUUACGUGCCACCACUCAACGCUUGGGGGUUAGGAUGGAGAGUGACCUACUACGGUACUGGAAUUGUCGCACUGAUCGUCGGUGUUCUCACCUGGUUUACUUUGAAAGAACCACCAAGGACAUCUAUUGGAGAAGAUGCAAGCACGGGAAACACGCCUACCAAAAAAGUAACAAUCUGGACGAUUAUCCUGGAUCCGAGGAUCAUCAUGUUGUGUUUGGCUGCUUCUUUAAGACAUUGCGGAGGCAUGUGCUUCGCUUACAACUGUGAUCUUUACUACCAACAGUAUUUCCCUGAGUAUGACCUAGGUUGGUGGCUGUUUGCGGUCACUAUCAUCGUUGGAAGUAUUGGGGUGGUUGUUGGAGGUGUAGUUUCUGACGUGUUCGUCGCCAAAAUGGGCAUAAGGUCUAGAGUCAUGGUCCUGGCAAUUAGUCAAAUCAUUGCCACACCUGGAGCUUUCGGAAGUGUUUAUUUUAACCCAACUUGGGCGAUGAUCUUCUUAGGUCUUUCUUACUUCUUCGCCGAAAUGUGGUUUGGCAUCCUAUUCGCCAUCUUGGUGGAAAUAGUACCCCUACAUGUCCGUUCAACAACCGUUGGAGUUUUCCUGUUUGUGAUGAACAACAUAGGAGGAAACUUACCCAUUGUUGUAGAACCCGUUUCUAAAGCAAUAGGGUACAGAGAAAGUCUCUACAUUUUUUACGCUGGCUUUUACGGAAUAAGUUCCAUAAUGUUCCUUUUCACGAUAUUCCUUAUGGAUGGUCCCAAGCCACAACCCGAGACAGCUCCUGCUAAGGAUUCUGGUCACGACAACGACAUUUUCACAACGGCUGACGAAACGAAUUUACCAACAAUAACGGCUAUGGUAGCUAACACCAAAAACAAUACUCAGGAAACUAGUAGACUUUGAAAGAUAUACUUAUUAGAUUCAGAUAUAGAUUGAACGACUGAUUUGAUGGUAUAGUAAACUACCACUGCAAAAGUCGGUGUCUGAACGCCGUACUCAUCGAUAAAGACGAAGGUUCUUAAAUUUUAAGUAUUAAUUUUAAACUGCGGUAUUUGCUCUAAGGGCGAAACGAAACUGUGUGUUUUAUAAACACAUGAGUACGUACAAAGAUUGUUAAGGUUUAUGUUGUGCGAAAUAAGUUAAAUAAAAUAAUUGAUUAUAAACUG